UCCCCCCUUUUUGGUCAACCCUGCUAGCCCCGCCCCUGCCUCUGCCGGGCUCCGCCUCCUGCUUUAUAAAGGGAGGAGGAAGGGGCCAGAGGAGCCAAAGCAGUUGGGAGAGAAAGGAGCCUCUGCCCGGUGGGGUCCAGGCCAGCGGAGCCAUGGCAGACCAGUCUUUUGUGACGUUAGCCACAAAUGAUUCCUAUGUGAAAGGAGCACUUGUACUGGGAUCGUCACUACGAAACUACAGAACAACAAGGAAGUUGACAGUGCUGAUUACUCCACAUGUUUCAGACCCAAUGAGGAAAGUACUGGAAAAAAUAUUUGAUGAAGUGAAGCUUGUGGACAUCUUGGACAGUGGAGAUUCAGCCCAUCUUGCGCUGUUGAAAAGGCCUGAGCUUGGUGUAACACUGACAAAACUCCACUGUUGGGAAUUAACAGAGUAUUCAAAGUGUGUGUUCAUGGAUGCAGACACAAUGGUUUUGUCAAAUAUAGAUGAGCUUUUUGAAAGAGAAGAACUUUCUGCUGCACCUGAUCCAGGCUGGCCUGACUGUUUCAAUUCGGGAGUUUUUGUAUAUCGGCCUUCUCUUGAAACAUUCAAUCAACUGUUGCAGGUUGCUACAGAGAAAGGCAGCUUUGAUGGUGGGGACCAGGGCUUAUUAAACACCUUCUUCAGCAGUUGGGCAACAGCAGACAUUAGCAAACAUCUGCCAUUUAUUUAUAAUUUAAGCAGUAUUUCUAUCUACUCCUAUCUUCCAGCAUUUAAAGCGUUUGGAACAAAUGCAAAAGUAGUGCACUUUCUGGGAAAACUUAAGCCAUGGAAUUACGCUUAUGACUCCAAAGCCAAAAGUGUCAAGGAAGAUGCUCAAGGCCCCACAGUAGUUCACCCAGAGUUCCUCAAUAUGUGGUGGGAUACCUUUAUCACAAACAUUUUGCCAUUGUUACAGCAGCAUGGUGCCAUUAAAGACACAGCUACUGGUGUAAAGGCGCUAUCGGGCUUGGUCUAUACACUGGCUUUCUCUUGUGGCUUCUGUAGAGAGGAGGAGGUAGCGGAGGCGGUGUCCCACCUGUCAAUUUCACCUACAGCGCUGACACACGUGCCACCCUCGCCACCCCCCAUGUCCUCAGAGGAGCGCAAAGAAAGAUGGGAGCAGGGCCAGGCUGACUACAUGGGAGCAGACAGCUUUGACAACAUCCAGAAGAAACUUGAUACCUACCUCCAGUAGAAAGAAGCACUUGUAUCCGCUCUGCAGACAUCAGCAAUACAAGGACUUUUCAGAUCUAUAGCGACUAGAAAAGUCAGAUAGGGUCUAUUAAACUUGCUAACAGCUUUGUCACUGCUGAGCUGAAGGCUGUUGCCAGUACUGGAGAUAAGAACUGAACCAAAUCUGUUUUAAGUAUGAAACCUUGUGCCAAUUUUGUGUCCAACAGACAGAUCUUUUCCUCUUGCACAAAAACUAAUGAACAUACCUGUAGAGAACUCAUUGGGAACAGGACACACAGCUGGCUUGAAUCUUACUCCUUAGACCCAUAGGACUGUGCUUUAUCUCCUUCCCUUCACCCCCAACCUGUGUUUGGCUUGCUAUGUUAGAAUGAUGGCUAGAAAGUGAGACAGCUACAGUGAAAGGGGCCUUACAAUAAGAAAGGCAUAAAAAGGUGGCAACAUCGUACUGAUACUGCCUUUCUGUCAAUUCCAGCCAUAUUGAAAAUCCUGACCAGACAUCUAUGCACACAACCCACAGCAUGGCAAAUACUUUCAUUCAGUUGUGUAUUUCUGGGACUAGUUAAAAACAUCAAAACCUUUUGAAGUUACCUGUAACACAGCAGUCAAAUACAAAAAUAAAGAAAUCAUGGUAAAAUCUAAAUAGAAUAUGGCACUUAAGUUUUGUUAAACAGUAUUUUGAUCUAUGUGUCCCGUACCCUAAACCUGCUACCUCAUAUUGGUAAGCUGCAUCAGGAAUGUUGUAUUCUACAGUAUUUUGAGGGUGUAAAUUUACAUUCUCCUAAAACCUAUGAUGUGUUCUACUGAAACCGUAACUGUAAGGAAAACAUAUCUCUGUAUACUGAUCCAGACUAAUACAGCUACACUUUUGAAUUCUAGUAACAUGUUAUUUGCGAUAAGUUUAAUUUUCUUCAGCAGCCCAUAAAAAGUGCUAACUUUCUGUUAAAAAUGUGAUACAAUCCAGAAUUUCUGGCCUCCGACUAUUCCUACAUAACAUUAUUUAUGGAGUUCUUAGCAUAUUGCCUACCCUCUUAACUGUCUGGCUGCUGAUCCUCCAUCCUUUGACGAUUUCCAGCUUCUAUUGAUACAAAUACUGGUCAGAACAAGUUUCAUACAGUGGACUCUACUAAAGGUUCAUGAUAAUAAACGUGUAGUCUGGCUUAUGUUUGCACAACUACAUAUGUGUAAUAUUAAAAAACAUAGUCUCCUCUAUUAUUAA